AUAAUUAAAGAGAAUUGAGUGUGCGCCGAGUCUAUUUUUGACAUUUAGCAUUAUUUGUCUAUGUUAUUAUAAAUAUUGUAAAAGUGUAUUAUCCAAUUUGUAUUGGAUAACAAAAUCGUAAUAUAGGUUAUGUCCGUGUAAAAACUAGUAUUUAUGGCACAUGGCUUGUUUUUGGUCCAAUCAAAAGGAAACAAAAAUAAUGAUAGUAUCUACCAAAGAAAAUAAUAAUGUAACUUUUUACAGCAUAGUAGUUUCUGUUGGGGAUUUUAAUUGGACCGUGGAACAUCGCUACAGCGAAUUUUAUGAACUACAUAACCAACUUGUAUUAGAUCAUGGACUGCCAAAAGAUAUCUUACCGUCAAAAAAAGUUAUUCGGAAUAAAUGCCCAAUUUUUAUUGAAACUCGAAGAAAAGGUCUAGAAGAGUACUUACAGAAAACUUUGGUUUUUUUAAAACGAACCAUGCCCAAAGUAUUCAUAGAUUUUCUGAAUUUCAAUUUUUAUGAUAUAUUUUUUUUAUUGCAAGAUCUGGCACCAAGAUUAUUCAAACAAUCAGAUGUUUUUCUACAAAAAACAUCCAUGUUUUGUAUGACAACUUUAGAACUUCAUGCUUUGUGUGAGUUUUUGAAAAAACCAUUGUUGGACCAAACUGAAAAUAGUUUAGAUAUUAGUCCAGUGCUAGAUACAUAUUCUCAACUUCAGUAUGUUACUAUUCGUGGAGCAUCAAUACCAUAUUUGCAGAGUAACAUUAUUUUAAAUAAAUUAUCAUUUGAUUUUUCUGCAUUCAAAGUUUUACACACAUUAAUUUUAGAACAUGUUUCUUUUGAAAAUAUCACUUCACUUGGAAAUUUAAGAGAUACUGUUCACAAGCUACAAGUUAAUAACACAAACGUAACUUCCAUUUCUCAAAUUUUACAAUGUGACGUAAUUCAUAAGGAUAAUAUUGAAGGAAGUCAGAAAUGGAAAGUACUGGAAACACUCAAUUUAAAUAAUAAUAAUAUAACAGAGAUCGACAGCACCAUUAGAUUGGCCCCAAAGCUGUCAUAUUUGAGCUUAAAUGACAACAAAAUUUCUACAAUAAAUAAUUUGUCUCAUUUACCAAAUUUAUCAGUCUUAAGUUUAUCUAACAAUCUAAUAACUGUAUGCACAGAUCUUAAUAUGAAGGUAGGUAAUAUUCGAUUAUUAAAUCUGUCACAGAACAAUAUUUCCACGUGUAAAGGAUUCAGUAAACUGUAUUCUUUAGAAACACUCGAUUUAAGCAGUAAUAAAAUUACGAACAUAGAAGAUAUUAAGUUUCUUGGAGAUUUACCAUGCUUAGAAAAUUUAUUGCUAACGGGCAAUAAUGUAGCCACUACAAUUGACUACAGAAUAAGAGUUUUAGAAUACUUUGGUGACAAAGCAAAACAGAUUUGUUUGGAUAAUGAAAAACCAAUACAAGCUGAGCUUGAUAAGGUUUCUGUUCUGAGAGCUUUAAGAAUUGUCAAAGAGGGAAAAACACCUGAUUUAAAAUCCACUUUUACACAAUAGGAUUAUUGGAAAUCUCUCAUAUUUACUCAUAUACAUAUUAUUACAUUAAACGAAUGUUCCUGAUUUUGGGUCUGUUUUUAAUAUAGAAAUUGGUAAACAUGUAACCAAAUUUUUAACCUUAUAAAAAUUUUAUUUAAUAUUAACAUCCCUGAUAUAUGAAUCAAUGUCAAAAUACAAUGCAACAUUAAUGUACAAAAGAUAUUACACUGGGUGUUCAGGGUUUUACAUAAUUAAGUGCAGGUUGGAAAUCGUCAAAAAAGGAUUCAGAUAUUGGUUCGAGUGUUUUUGUCUGUAGAUUUUCAAACCAAAUAUACCAAAUAUGUCAAGUUGACAUUAUUUCAGUUGUUGAUAGAAGUACAUAUGAAGUUUUAGAAAAACCUGAUUAUAAAACUAUCGGCUUAAACAUUAGUCCAGUUGCUGGAGGUACAAGUUACAAGCAAAACAUCAGAAUUUUUUUCACUGGUACUUUAAAGUAGACUAAUUGAUAUAAAAAAAAUUUCAGAGGUCUAUCGAUUCUCAUAGUAAAAAAAAUUCCGAGAAUUAUUUUGAUUUUCAAAAUUUCCCAUUAUUUCAGUCUGUGGUGAAGUCCUUUAAACUUUUUUUGUAAAAGCUAUAGUCUCGUUUUUGUUUGUAAAACUUUUUUAAAUAGCUCAACUUCAAUUCAAGUAUCGGAGCAAUAUUGUUCAUUCUUAGUUUAAACCCUAGAUUAAACUUCAUUUUAAUCUCAAGUUGUAAAAUUGACUCUAACUUCUUCAGAUUAUUAAGAUACUAUUUAACUGAAAUAAUUUUGGGUUUAAUUUAGUUUAAUAAAUUUAAUAGUGAGUGCUAAAUUCGCAAAUUUACUAAGUGAAAAGUCAUAAGCUGUAUAAUAAUAUUUUUAUAACAUUGCAUGAUUUUCUUCUAUAGAAUAUUUUUGCAAUUCAUUAUA